AUGGGACUGGAUCGGUUGUCGUUGGUUACUGGGAACAAUUGCGACGGGGAAGUACACUUGCUUGUUGGGUCCGGCGGGACCGCGAGCUGCUCGCUGACCGUGGGCCGUGUGAGGCGGCUGUUGGCGCACGGGGCCGUGCCCGUGCUCGUUGGCGUGUCCUCUGCGGCGCACGGGGCAGCAAUUGCGAAGGAACUGCAGGGACAGUCGUCCGUGCGGGUGUUGCAGCGUGAUUUCAUGCUUUCGGACCUCACGACGCUCGGGAGGGCCCUGACCGGUGGGGUCGUCGACCGUGUGUUUGUAAACCUUGCAGUGGACAAGAUCAACGAAGUAGAGGCGAUAUUUGCACAGUGUCGGAAAUUGCGCAUCCCGAUCAACACGUACCAGCAGCCGGAGUUCUCGACGUUUAGUCUCACGCCAACGUACACGGACCCGCAGGGCAGCGGGCUGCAGAUCAGCGUCAGCACCAACGGCAGGGGAUACUUGCUCGCGGAGCGUGUCAAGCGCGAGAUCGUCGCGGGACUCCCAGCAAAUAUCUCCCAAGUGGUCUCGAACAUGGGGCUCGUCAGGGACCAGCUCAUCGCGCAGGAUAACAACAGGUUGCUAGCGGAGAAGUAUUGGGACACUGGACUUGCGGUACCGGGGCUCGGUUACGGGCUCAACGAGGAUAACUGGGAGAGCCACAAGUUUAACAGACUCAUCCACGAGUUCGACCAGACCGCUAAAGACCAACAGCAACGCAGGACCAGGUGGCUCUCGCAGAUCAUGGCAUACUACCCGCUUGCGAAACUGGCCACUGUGACCUUGCAGGACUUGGAAAACGGUGCCCAGCAACCGGACACUAUUGCAGAGACCUCACACCCAGAACACCACGAGACGCAAUUGCAAAACCAAACGGGGCCCAAGACCCUCACUAGGGGCACGGCAAGUGCAGACAGUGCGGCUGCUCAUGGACAGAUAUCUCUUGUGGGCAGUGGACCCGGGUCCGUGUCAAUGCUCACGCUCGGCGCCCUUAACGAGAUCAAAACGGCAGAUAUCAUCCUCGCGGAUAAACUGGUCCCGCAGACGGUCCUCAAUUUGAUCCCACCAACUACAGAGUGCUUCAUCGCCAAGAAGUUCCCCGGGAACGCAGAGAAUGCACAACAGGAACUGCUCGCUCGCGGGUUAUCCGCAUUGCAAGAGGGGAAGAAAGUCGUAAGGUUGAAACAGGGUGACCCGUACAUAUUCGGCCGCGGCGGAGAGGAGUACUCCUUCUUCGCUGCAAACGGGUACGAAGCACUGGUUCUCCCAGGGAUAUCGUCUUCGUUGGCGUCGACAGUGGUCGCAAAGAUUCCGGCAACGCAGAGGGGCAUUGCGGACCAGGUGCUUGUGUGCACGGGGACAGGUCGCAAGGGCGCAUUGCCAGAGGUGCCAGACUACGUCGCGUCACGGACUACCGUGUUCCUGAUGGCACUGCACCGUGCAGACUUGCUCACAGAAGUGCUGCUCCAGAAAGGGUGGGACGCAGAUGUGCCCCUCGCAAUCAUAGAGAGAGCGUCCUGCCCAGACCAAAGAGUCACGAGGACGCUUCUAAAAUACCUGCCGCAGGUCGUGCAAGAGAUCGGCUCGAGACCACCGGGACUACUCGUCGUCGGCCACGCUGUAAACCAUCUGAUCCCACAAGAACUCGUCCAGUUCGCGGGGGACCACAAGUACCACAUAGAAGAGGGAUUCCAAGACAUUGACAUUCAACCGCAGUUCCUAUGA